AUGUCCCAGACUCUCGCCACCUACGAUUGGCAAGAAGCAGACCCUCGCUUUGCCCCUUUACCUGGAAAACCCCGUGCAAACCACGUCAUGGUAAAGAUAGCCGCGGCCCAUUACAGCGAAGAAAAAGAGUUCAUUGUACACCGCGAGCUACUCACUCGCUGCCAAUCCCGACUCUUCAGGAGUAUCCUUGGUCCCAUUGAAAACUCCAAAUACUUCAAACUUGUCAUCGAUCCCAGAGUUCUCACAGGACUAUUACAAUUUGCAUAUCGGGGCCGAUUUUGGCUACCCGAAACUAUCAAAAACAUCGAGAUUUUAUGGGAUCUCUACAUAUUCGCUGAGAAGAAAGAGAUCCCCAUCUUGCAAGACGUGAUGAUGAAUCGCAUCGUAUCCUUCUACUUCAAAUCGAACACUUUCCCCACAACGGAAAUUGUCAUGUAUGUAUACAAGCAUACCAAACCCGAAUCCUCGACUCAGACGCAUUCAACAGCACAAAGGUUCUUAGCCCGAUGUUAUGUUUCGCAAUCCCUAGGAUGUUUCUACGGUUCAAAAUGUAGAGAAUCAGACACCAGUAUUGACGAGGCUUUGCUAAGGGCUGAUGGACUUCAAUCUGAUACGAUGAAGGCUAUUUGGGAACCGGCGGGGUCUCCGUGGAAGGUGGAAACGGAUCCUAGGAAUCCGGUGAGAGUCAAGCCCUGUGAUUAUCAUCAGCAUAUGUGGAAUGAGAUGUGUCCUAAGUAUAGAGAGACGUGUUUUGAUAGCGAGACGGAUGUGUGA